AGAAGCCACGUGGUGGUCACGUGGGCAGCGUGCUUCCCAGAGUUCUUUGCGCCGCGCAUGCGCGCUGUCCUUUUCUCGUCCAGUUGCGGAUCGACUCGCAUCAUCUAAUCUCAUCAUGCAGCUGUUCCUGCGCGCUCAGACUCUGCACACGCUCCAUGUGUCCGCUCACGAGAGCGUCCGCGAGCUGAAGGCUCGUGUUCAGGCUCUGGAGGGUCUGUCUGUGGAGGAGCAGGUGCUUCUGCUGGCUGGAGCUCCUCUGGAGGACGAUGCUGAGCUGCUGAGCUGCGGCGUCACUGAGCACUGCACUCUCCAGCUGACCGCCAGACUUCUGGGAGGUAUGAGGAAAAAUUAUACAUUUCAAGCGCGGGAGCUGGUGCUGGAGAUCAUCAGGGAAAAGGAUCAGGGAGAUUUCCGGAGCGGCCGCAGCGACUUCGGCUCCAGACUGGGCAGCAGCAUCGACUCUGCUUUGGAAAACUAA